GCGCGCUCGCCGCUGCGGCCGGGGUCGGUCUCCGGUGACGUCAGGACGCGUCGCAGAUUCCAGCCCCCAGCCCGGGCCCCCCGACUCCCGCGCAGGUCGGGCAGGGGCGGGGCGUCAAGCCAGCUGAGCUAUCCCGUCAGACCGCGCCAGUUUGAAUGAAAGCUCUUCAAGAUGGCGGCGGCCGGGGCCGAGGCGCGAGGAGGUGAGGGCUGGAGAGCGGCACUCCUCAAUAUCCCCCGUUCUCCAGGCAAACUCCCAAGGCCCAGGAAGCGGGGCCGGGAUCCGUGGGGCCGCCAGAGCGCGACGCGGCGAAACGCCGCCUUCCACUCUGCUGACACCUUGGCCCCUAAAGGCGCCCCGCGGGCUUCACCCUUCCCCCGGUCCCUGACCCUUCUCACGGCACGGCCCGCUCGCUCCCCGCAGUCUCCUCCUGCGCCUGGCUUCCGCGGGGCCCGGUCCGCGCGCCCGGCUCCGAGGUCGGCUGUCUCUCGCUCCGCGGAGGUCCCGUGGCCCGGCCCCCGCUGCCCGUUGGGCCGGAGGCCCCUCCCCGCCUGGUCGCCGUGUGGAGGUAUUCGGGCGGCCGCCGCGGCUCCUGCUUGGUGUGUGCCUUGCCUAGUUUCACUUGAUACUCUUCAGGAAUUAUGUAGAAAAGAAAAACUCACAUGUAAAUCGAUUGGAAUCACCAAAAGGAAUCUAAACAAUUAUGAGGUGGAAUACUUGUGUGACUACAAGGUAGUAAAGGAUAUGGAAUAUUAUCUUGUAAAAUGGAAAGGAUGGCCAGAUUCUACAAAUACUUGGGAACCUUUGCAAAAUCUCAAGUGCCCAUUACUACUACAGCAGUUCUCUAAUGACAAGCAUAAUUAUUUAUCUCAGGUAAACAAAGGCAAAGCAAUAUCUCUAAAAGACAAUAACAAAGCUUUGAAACCUGCCAUUGCUGAGUACAUUGUAAAGAAGGCUAAACAAAGGAUAGCUCUGCAGAGAUGGCAAGAUGAACUCAACAGAAGAAAGAAUCAUAAAGGAAUGAUUUUUGUUGAAAACACUGUUGACUUAGAGGGCCCACCUUCAGACUUCUACUACAUUAAUGAAUACAAACCAGCUCCUGGAAUCAGCUUAGUCAAUGAAGCGACCUUUGGUUGUUCAUGUACAGAUUGCUUCUUUGAGAAAUGUUGUCCUGCUGAAGCUGGAGUUCUUUUGGCUUAUAAUAAAAACCAGCAAAUCAAAAUCCCACCUGGUACCCCCAUUUAUGAAUGCAACUCAAGGUGUCAGUGUGGACCUGAUUGUCCCAAUAGGAUUGUACAAAAAGGCACCCAGUAUUCACUUUGCAUCUUUCGAACUAGCAAUGGUUGUGGCUGGGGUGUAAAAACCCUUGUGAAGAUUAAAAGGAUGAGUUUUGUCAUGGAAUAUGUUGGAGAGGUAAUCACAAGUGAAGAAGCAGAAAGACGGGGGCAGUUAUAUGACAACAAGGGAAUCACAUAUCUCUUUGAUCUGGAUUAUGAAUCUGAUGAAUUCACAGUGGAUGCAGCCCGAUAUGGAAAUGUCUCUCAUUUUGUGAAUCACAGUUGUGACCCAAAUCUUCAGGUUUUCAAUGUUUUCAUCGACAACCUUGACACCCGUCUUCCCCGAAUAGCAUUAUUUUCCACAAGAACCAUAUAUGCUGGAGAAGAGCUCACUUUUGAUUAUCAAAUGAAAGUAAAACCUCAGUCGGGAAAAAAUGUGUUUUCAUCUCUCAUUGCGGCAUUUGUAAUCAUGGUGUCCAACGUAAAGGUAAGCGCAGCAAGUAAAUCUGGCUUUCAGUAUUCCUAAUUAAAUUAUACCUAAGCUCAUUGCCCCAUUGCUUUAAUGACCUACAAUAAGUUUGGGUAAAAUCGAACUGACUUCAAGAAUGCAGCACUUCAAAUAUCUUCUUAAUCUUGAGCCUCUUUUUGGGGAGAAUGCAUCUUUAUUAUGCAUUAUACUGCUACCACAUGACUUUGCUCUUUCAUAAUAUAGGGUAAAUUUUUACAUGUUUGGAGUCUCAGUGUAUUAACCAAAAUCUGCAGGUGGCAAGGAAAAAUACAUUUUUGGGUGCCAUUUCUUAGGUUUUCUUUAUGAGAAAAUAGUCACAUGGUGUGUGUGGUAAGAAAGCAUCACAGAUUUACAGGUGCUUCAAUGGCCAACCUUACUCUGAAUUAUAAUUCUCACGGGUUUAAAGGUGUAAUUUUAAUAUUUUAAUAUUUUUUUCUUAAAAAGUCUGUGUUUUACUGUCUAGUUAUUCUUGUCUACUUCUUGUGGUAAAAACAAAUGUAAAACAGGAGGGCAAAGGGAAUGGCUGUUUUCAGUAAAUUUGUUUCAUUUUGUCCAUUUGUUAAUGGGUCUUUGAGAGUUUAAUUACCUGUUACUUAUUUUAUUAAAAAGCUAGACCUAAUCAGUAUCUCCCUACAUGAAGCUAUUAAAAGCCUUUAACCAUUUUAAGUCAACAUUUAGCUUCUUUAGUUUCCCAAGUUGUCAGAAUUUGUUCUCUCAGUAUAAAUAUAGCCAAUAUUCAAGGGUAAUAUUUAGAUUGAGUUAAAACUGUAAAUCCACUGUGUGAGUUGUAUUGAUACUGUUUUCAGUACCUACACGAGGAUCGUGAUAAACAGUUGGUAAUCUCAGGGUCUUCUCCCCCUCUGUGCAAAAUCUAGACUGCACUUAUUUUUCUUACAGUUCAUUUUUCUUCAGCAAAAUAAAUUUAGUUUGGCAUUUGAUUUUCUAUUUAUCGUGGCUUAGCUUUGUUUCUAUUUUACUGUCAUUUCCAGUAAGGCUUUGUACGAAAGGGUCAAAAAACACUGGUGCAUUCCAGACUACUUGCUUUUGAGAUUAGCCAAAGGUUUUUACACCGUUCCUUUUGAAGUUUAUCAUGGUCAUGGUUGAUCCAUUUGAAUAUUAAAGUAGAAUUUUACAUAGCCUAAAAUGGGUAUGGAUGGAUACUUGUAAAAUGUCUUGAGCAUUAUUAGUCACCAGGUUACUUAAACACAUUGUGCUAAAUAAAAACUGCCUGGAACUGUAAGGGAAUCUUCAAUUAAAGCUCCUAUUCUUUGAGCUCCUCAUAAACUGGUGAGGCUGGUGCUCUCCACCCUGGACCACAGCAGAGGGAAGGGAGUCUAGACUAGUUCAGUAACAGUAGUGUGCCCAAGAUCACCCGGCUCCAGGCCAGUAACUACCUGACUAAAAGGUCCUCAAUUCCGUACCGUUUGUUUAAACAAACAUGUAACUCUUGGAUUCCUCUGUAAGGCAAAUGUGGCUAGCCACAGCACUGUUUCUAGGACUAUCUUGGCAUUUUGAAACUUUUUUUUUUUCACAUUGUUUUUUCUACUUCACAGUUCUUAAAGUAAAAAUCAAAUAGCCACUAUACUGAGUCCUGCCCGGUCCUGUGCUCUCUCUGAGAGGCAUUACUGCCCAGCGGCUGAGUGCGCAGACUCUGAGCUCGGACAGCCUGCGUUUUCAGUCCCGGCUUUCCCCCUUCCCAGCUGUGUGAACUAACCUCUCUGUGCCUUAGCCUCCUCAUUUAUGAAUGGGGAGAAUAAAUUUAUCUACCUCAAAGGGUGUUGGUGAGGAAUAAAGGAGUUGAUAUCCAGCGUAUAAGAGAACGGAGCAUCAUCCCAGAGCAAGCGCCGUACGUAAGUGUCUGCUAGUUAUUCCGUACUGCGAGCCUGUACUUUAAAAUCUUGGGUGAGCACAACAAGGUGAUGGUGGUGGUGGUGGUGGUGGUUUUUUAGUUUGUUUGAGUGCUCCUAGCCUUUAAAUUCCUUCAGCUGACAUUUAUUAUGCCAGGUUGACCUAGAAAACAGAACAUGGCACUGUGUAAUGUAAAUUGGUGAUGUGAUUAUAAAGUGCUAAAAACUUCAGCAGAAUGUGUCCAGGCGUGUGGUGAGUUCCCACCUUGGGUUAUAAACUAGACUGUUAAGAUGAGGUCUUUGGUGUCAGUGAACAUAUAGUUACAUUCGAUUAUAUGAUUUGUAAUAAUGAAGUGUAACAAAUUUUUAGAGCUGUAAAUAAAAAAUGAAGUCUCUGGGUUCUUGUAUUAGGCCUGUUGUAGUUAUGAGGUGAUAUUCAACCAAUGAUCUGCAACCUCUACUAGUCUCUAGUGAUUUUAUUACUCAUUGGCAUUUAGAUAAUAGUACUCAUAGGAGAGAGGGGCAAAAUGGGAUCCGCGUUAUUUUUACUUCAGUCAUGUGGAGUCUGUGGAAUGUGUUUCAUCAACAGCUGGGAGUAGCUGCUGAGCUAGGAAAAAGGGAUCAGUGCAGCCUGGCGAUACUGCAUAUCAUUUAAAUGGAUCUGCAAACUGUUUUAGAGAUGCCACUUAAACUCGUUUUAAGUGCCAUCUCUCCCUUUGCUUCCUUAAUCUGUAAAAUGCCAGCAUACCGCAAAGUGCUGGAGA